AUUGUAGUAGUAAUUAUAAUUCCAAAAAUAUAAGGAAUGGAAGAUCCAUCGAAAACUCGCCAACAACCAUCUACAGAAAAUGCAAAUGAGGAAGUUAUGUCCUCGAGUACAGAACUGGAGAAUAAUGUGCCACCGUCUAGCAAUGGUGUCGCUGGUAAUGAUGCUUCAAAGGAUCCUCAAAAACCAUCACCUAAGAAGCCUAAAAAACGAAAGCCUAAAGUUCCCCGGGACGUAACUGCACCACGCCAGCCACUAACAGGAUAUGUGCGCUACUUGAACGAGCGCCGCGACCAGCUACGAGCUGAGCACCCGGAACUCGGGUUUGCGGAGUUGACGCGCCAGCUCGCCAGCGAGUGGAGCAAGUUGCCAGCGGAAGAGAAACAGCAAUAUUUGGAUGCGGCUGAUCAAGACAAGGAAAAGUACAAUAAGGAAUGGGAUGAGUAUAAGAAAACUGAUGCUUACAAGGAAUUCAGAAGACAACAAAUGGAGCAAAAACAUUCCAGUGGGGCAGCUAAGAAGAUGAAGCAUAAUCACAACCAAGCCAGUGAGACCUCCAAUACUGCACCACCUCAAACAAGUGCAGAACCUAACAAUGUAACAGCAAAUGGUCCCAGUGCACCUGUCGUGCCUCGGCAACAAACACCUCCCAGGCCCAGACCUUGCAUCACUCCAGCAUCUGGUGAAGACUUCGGUGGUGGGGAUACAGACAUUCCCAUAUUCACCGACCAGUUCCUACAACACAACAAGCUAAGGGAGUCAGAGCUCAGGCAGUUAAGGAAGGCUAACUCGGACUACGAGCAGCAGAAUGCCAUUCUCCAACGACACGCCGAGGAGGUGAGCGCAGCGACAGCUCGCUUGCGCGCCGAGACAGCCGCGGCCGCCGAGCGCACCGCCGCGCUGCUCGCGCACCGGCGCGCGCUCGUCGCCGCCCUGGUGCACGCGCUGCAGGCCGUCGCCAUACCAGGUGGUCCAACAGGUGCAACUGAGAAUAACAUUGAAGAGUACAUGGACAAGCUACACACACUGGCAAGAGAGACCAAAAACCAUGCGGCCAUAAAACAAGCCAGAGACAUCCUUAAUAAAGUGGAACUACCCAUUAAAUAGAAUUUAAUCUACAUUAUCAGUAUUUAAUAAAACAUAAUUAGUUA